AUGUUUAGUCGAAUGUCAAGAACCGCCGCCCGUUGCGGCCGUUGCCAACUGUACAAACCCAAAACCAGUCGCCCCAACGCUCGUUUCCAGUCUACCUCUCCAGGUCAGGCCUCGGGGGGAACAAAUUCCGCUUUGGUCGGGGGGAUUGCAGGCGGUGCAGUGGCCUUCGGUGCAGGUUACGUCUGGUAUCGGGUCUCUGGAGCCAAAGCAGCCGUUAGGACUGUCAAGGAGACCCAGGACUAUGCCGACUCGCUUAAACAAGGCAUAAUCAAGAAUGCCCCUGAACCCGAUAAGGCUUUGCAGUGGUUCCGUGAUACCACCAAGAGCUAUGCCGUCUUCAUUCCGGGCGCCCGCGGCCACAUUGACGCUUUAUUCGAUAACCUGGAAACGGUCAAGGGAAAGCAUGGGGGCGAGUUCGACUCCAUCAUCCGUGACGCAUAUGCUGAGAUGAAGGAGCUGUCCAAGAAGGGUGGUGCAGAUGUCGACACUGCGUUCCAGGGGCUUCAGAUCUUACAAAAACACCUCAACCGGCUGUUGGACCUGUCCGGCGACGCUGCGGGAGACAUCAUCAACAACCACCCGAAGCUCAAGGAGAAGUUUGGCGGUAGCUUUGAUCAGCUGAAGGAGAUGGGCGAUGCCUACGGGCCACAGGCAAAGGAGGAGGCAAACCGGACUUGGCAGCAGAUAACCGACAUUAUCAAGAGAGGCGCCGGCACGGAGUCUGUUGAAGAAAUCCGGAAGCUGGUACAGGAGAAAAGAGACAAACUGCAAAAACUGGGCGACGAGGCGUGGCAGAAGGGCAUGGAUGAAUACAAGCAGUACCUCGACAAGAACCCCAAGGUGAAAGAGCUGGUGGAGGACAACGCCGACGCUUUGAAGAAGGGCGAUUUCUCGAAGCUCUGGGGGCUGGUCAAGGACAGCGCCUCUUCUGGCAAGACAGACGAUGUGGAGAAAUAUGUCAAGGAGAAGGCAGGCCAGGCCAAGGACACGGCAGGAAUUGAUCUCGACAAGUGGUCCAGCCUCGUCCCGGGUGGUUCAGACGUGCUCAACGAGCUGCAGUCACUGCACACUGUCGGUGCAAAGAAGGGCAAGGAUGCAGAGAACGUUCUGCGAGACACCGUGGGUGAGCUGCAGGAAGUGCUGAAGAAGCGAAAGGAACAACUGGAGAAGAUUGGCGACGAAGCAAAGGAGGAAAGCAAGUGA